AUGCCGGAUUACGACAAUCAAUUCUCCAGCUGGCUCAGCACCAUGGAAACACACAAAUCUGAUCUGGAUAUCCAGGAAAAUAGUGCUCGUAAUCUGGGCGAUCGCAUGCGGGCUCAGACAAACAGAUACAUCUCCGCUGCUACAAAGAUCUUUAAUGAGCGUGACGUUCUGAUGGACACCGCGUACAAGGUCCUUAUUGAUUUCGUCGGUGAACUACUCAAGUACGCAAAUGCCGAUGAUGAAAUAGGCAGCGGCGGUGUCCCCUCCUUGCCAAUCGUUGUGGGAUGUUUUAAAGCACUCGCUGAGUACUGUGAAAAGGUCAUUGACGACGAAAAUAUUGAAGCGGCAGAGUCAAUGCAGGAAACUGGCGAAACAUCUGAAGUCAUUGCAAACAUAAGGGCAUUGAAAGAUCGUAUCCUAUGUGACUUUGGGGGCCUUGACAGGACUGUCAGUUGGGCCGAGGGCAACUUCAACAAUCUUCAUGAAAUCCACAUGAGGGCACGCGACGCGCUCAACAACGCCAGGGACAAGCAGAGUGGGUUCUUCUACGACUUGUUUGGAGACAGUGACAUCGACAACGCUGUAUCAAUCAACAGCAGAAAUGAAGAGGACCGGCGUCACGAAGCAGAUGCUGCCUGGAACUUCUGGGACCGUCUCCGGAAUCUGAGGUCAGAAUUCCAGAGCCUACCAAACAGCGACACCGACAGUCUUAUCAACACACUCGAGUCACUGUCCAAGGAUAUGAAGGCGAAUUACGAGAAGAUCGGUCUAACCCGCAAAACGGACAACGAUUGCUGGGUCGCGUCACGCUCGCUGCAGUAUCAUGUCACGACUCAGACCGAGUACACAAGCCGGGAUGACGCGCUGAGGCAUGUUAUCAAGCUGCUCCACACGGUCAACAAGACUAUUGACGACGAUGUGCAUGUCCAGGGGUUCAAGGACACGAUCGAAGCUAAUCUUCGUGCAAGGUUGGGAGAGGAGAAGGCCAAGGAACUCCACCAGGAGAAGAAAUUCCUCCCCCUGCCUGACGAUCUGGACAUGUGA